CUCUUUUUACGCUGGUCAAGGGCAGGGUUUAAGCAGCAGCAGGGCAGGGGUUUUAACCAAGUCCACUAAAAAAAAAACUAGUCAUACAAAACUGCUUUCUUUUUCUGCAAGUUCAUCCAUGGCGUUUUACACAUUUUUUUAAUCUUUUUUUGCUAAAUUAAAUCGUCCAACAUAAAAUCCCUAAUUUCUUUCUCCAAAAGUUUCAAUUUUUCUCCAACCCAUGUUGAAAACUUUGAAAUCUACUUGUGUGCAAGCUCGAUUGCAUGGCUUUACGACGCCGUUUCAGUCUCAUUUGAGAUAUGGGUCGUCUCAGAUCACCUCUCCAUUGCUGAGAAUGGUGAAUUCUGUUAGGAAUUUGAACCCUAGUUUGAAUAAAAGGGUUUAUUUCUGUACGGAUUCAAGUGAUGGGUCGAGUGUAGUGAUGGAGAGUAAAGGGGUUGAAGAGGGUGCUGCAGAAGCUGAUUCAAAGUCUUCUUCUGCCAUGGUGCCCACUGUUUUUAGGCCAGAAGAUUAUCUCACUGUUAUUGCGCUUCCAUUGCCGCAUAGACCACUAUUCCCAGGCUUUUAUAUGCCUAUAUACGUAAAGGAUCCUAAAUUACUAGCUGCUUUAGUCGAAAGUAGGAAACGACAUGCCCCAUACGCUGGUGCUUUCCUCAUUAAAGAUGAACCAGGAACUGACUCCAGUGUGACAUCUGGGUCGGAUACUGAGAAGAGCAUAUAUGAGCUUAAAGGAAAGGAAUUGCUUGAUCGUCUUCAUGAAGUUGGAACAUUGGCUCAGAUAACAAGCAUCCAGGGAGACCAGGUGGUUCUUAUUGGCCAUCGGCGUCUUCGAAUUACAGAGAUGGUCAGUGAAGAUCCUCUUACAGUCAAAAUUGAUCAUCUCAAGGAUAAGCCAUAUAACAAGGAUGAUGAUGUUAUAAAAGCUACAUCAUUUGAGGUUAUAUCAACUCUGAGAGAUGUUCUGAAGACGAGUUCUCUUUGGAGAGAUCAUGUUCAAACUUAUACUCAGCAUAUCGGUGAUUUCAAUUAUCCACGAUUAGCAGAUUUUGGAGCUGCAAUAUCUGGUGCAAACAAAUCACAAUGCCAGGAAGUGCUUGAAGAGUUAGAUGUUUACAAAAGAUUGAAGCUUACUUUGGAAUUGGUGAAGAAAGAGAUGGAGAUUAGUAAGAUUCAGGAAUCAAUAGCGAAAGCAAUUGAAGAAAAAAUUAGUGGCGAGCAGCGGCGUUACUUGUUGAACGAACAACUUAAGGCCAUUAAGAAGGAAUUGGGUCUAGAGGCUGAUGACAAAACAGCACUCUCUGCAAAGUUUAAAGAAAGACUCGAGCCAAAUAAGGAGAAAUGUCCACCCCAUGUUCUUCAAGUUAUUGAAGAAGAACUGACUAAACUACAGUUGUUAGAAGCUAGUUCAAGCGAAUUUAAUGUAACACGUAAUUAUCUUGAUUGGUUGACUGCUCUGCCUUGGGGUAAUUACAGUGAUGAAAAUUUUGACGUAAUACAUGCACAAAAGAUUCUUGAUGAGGACCAUUAUGGACUAGGUGAUGUCAAGGAAAGAAUACUGGAAUUUAUAGCUGUGGGAAAACUAAGAGGAAUUUCUCAAGGGAAAAUCAUUUGUCUCUCUGGCCCUCCUGGAGUGGGUAAGACAAGCAUUGGUCGUUCAAUUGCGCGUGCUUUGAAUCGUAAGUUCUACCGAUUUUCUGUUGGAGGGCUGUCUGAUGUGGCUGAAAUCAAGGGACAUCGUAGAACCUAUAUUGGUGCAAUGCCAGGAAAAAUGGUGCAAUGUCUGAAGAGCGUGGGUACAGCAAACCCUCUUGUAUUGAUCGACGAAAUUGACAAGUUGGGAAGGGGCCAUGCGGGUGAUCCAGCUAGUGCUAUGCUGGAGCUGCUUGAUCCUGAGCAGAAUGCAAAUUUCCUCGAUCACUAUCUUGAUGUUCCAAUUGACUUAUCAAAGGUCUUAUUUGUCUGCACGGCAAAUGUUGUCGAAAUGAUACCCAAUCCUCUCCUGGACAGAAUGGAGAUAAUCUCUAUUGCCGGUUAUAUUACUGAUGAAAAAACACACAUUGCAAGGGACUAUCUAGAGAAAGCCACUCGUGAAGCAUGUGGUAUUAACCCCAAACAAGUUGAAGUGACGGAUGCAGCUCUUCUUGCUCUAAUAGAAAAUUACUGUCGGGAAGCAGGAGUAAGAAAUCUUCAAAAGCAUAUCGAGAAGAUUUACCGCAAGAUUGCUCUUCAACUUGUUCGACAAGGAGCGACAUGUGAUCCAUCAACUGCUGCAAAAUUGGAUUCUAAAACUGAUGGCACCACAGUUGGUGUUGAUGAAAAGGUUCAAGAAGUUGUCUCAGAAACUGCUGAAGAAGCUGAAGUGGUUGAGGUGGUUCAAUCAAAUGAAAAAGAAGAUAUCUCUAUCAAUCAGGUUUCCGACUCCAAGGACCAUGAUGAAACAAAAUUGGAACCAGAAGUCGAAGAAACAAAGCCUGUGGAGAAAGUGCUGGUUGAUGAAUCAAAUUUAUCAGACUUUGUAGGAAAACCUGUUUUCCAUGCAGAGCGCAUAUACGAGAACACGCCAGUUGGAGUUGUGAUGGGUCUUGCUUGGACGUCAAUGGGUGGUUCUACAUUGUAUAUUGAAACCACUCAUGUCGAGGAAGGUGAAGGAAAAGGCGCCCUCCAACUUACAGGACAACUGGGAGAUGUGAUGAAGGAAAGUGCCCAGAUUGCUCACACAGUUGCCAGAGCAAUAUUAGCUGCAAAAGAACCUGGGAAAUCCUUCUUUGCAAAUACCAAGCUUCAUCUCCAUGUUCCUGCAGGUGCAACCCCUAAAGAUGGACCCAGUGCUGGUUGUACCAUGAUCACAUCAUUGCUUUCUCUUGCCAUGAACAAGCCAGUGAAGAAGGAUAUAGCAAUGACUGGUGAAGUGACUCUGACAGGGAGAAUUCUUCCAAUUGGCGGGGUCAAGGAGAAGACUAUAGCAGCGAGGCGAAGUCAAGUAAAGACCCUUAUAUUUCCAGCAGCAAAUAAAAGAGAUUUUGACGAGCUUGCUUCAAAUGUUAAGGAAGGACUGGAGGCGCAUUUUGUAGACAAUUACAACCAAAUAUUUGAAUUAGCUUUUGAAGAGAAGCAGAAAGAACAGUGAGCUACUUACAAUCAUUAAUGUCUUAACGAUAUUAAUCCUCGAACAUUUUUUUGCAAUACGAAAUCAAAGGACAGAAGAGUCUAGGGUAGACAAAUGCCUUCACGAUAACUAGAAAGCCAUGGUUAAUUAUUCUCAGUAAUUUGAUCUGUGUAAGAUCAUCAAUUUUUAUAAUGUAUGAUGUUAUUUAGUGAAUUGCUAGUUUGAAGCUUGUGGCUACUUCAACCAAGUUGGAUAUUAUACAUAUAAUAUUAUUAUUGAUGACUGGCAAAAGAAUAAGAAAAGAAGCAGCUUAUUAAUAUAAAGCCUUCUGCAUUCAUUUGUGAAUUA